GACGGUGACCUCACACGCAAGCAAGCGUCGUCUUCCAGAGAGGGCGGUGAUGGCGACGGUGAAAGUGUUUCCGUUGAAAUGUGCCGUGCAGCAUUACGCCUGGGGGAAGGUUGGACUGGACAGCGAGGUGGCAAAACUGGUUUCAUGUAAUGAUUCUUCGGUAGUCAUUGAUGAAGAAAAGCCCUAUGCUGAGCUAUGGAUGGGAGCACACCCCAAAGGAGAUGCACUCAUUUGCGACAACAGAAUUUCCCAAAAGACUCUCGGGCAGUGGAUUUCGAAGCACCCUAACGGCCUGGGGUCAAAAGUGAAGGAUAUCUUCCAAGGAGAGCUGCCCUUUUUGUUCAAGGUGCUCUCAGUCAACAUCUCGUUAUCUAUUCAAGCUCAUCCGAACAAGGAACUAGCUGCGAAGCUUCAUGCACAGUUUCCAGAUCGAUAUCCUGAUAAAAAUCACAAGCCAGAGAUGGCCAUUGCACUGACUCCAUUUGAAGCACUUUGCGGAUUCAGACCUGUGGAGGAAAUCAUUGGAUUUUUGAAAAAUGUCCCGGAGUUCCAUGCAGUGAUUGGCAACGAAGCUGCGGAAAUACUUGAAAAUAGCCCAGGUCACCCACGCCAGAUAUCGGAUGCUUUGAAGAAAUGCUUUACCAGAAUGAUGAACUGUGAAAAGAAGACCUUUGUUGAUCAGCUGAACAUGUUGGUGAAGAGAGUGCUGGAAGAAGGUGCUGCAGGCAGAGACGCAGCAGAAAGCAACGGCGAGCUGUUGCUGCGAUUACACUCCCAGUUUCCGGGGGAUGUCGGCUGCUUUGUCAUCUACUUUCUGAAUGUGGUGAAGCUGAAGCCCGGGGAAGCCAUCUUCCUGGGAGCUAAUGAACCUCAUGCGUAUCUUUAUGGAGAUUGCAUAGAAUGCAUGGCAUGUUCCGAUAACACUGUGCGAGCUGGUCUCACUCCAAAAUUCAUUGACGUUCACACCCUCUGCGAGAUGCUGAAUUACACGCCUGCCCCAGCAAGAGAAAAGAUCUUCCCGUUCGUUCGGGAUCCCUGUGAUCCAUGUGUUUUCAUGUACAACCCUCCAGUGCCUGAUUUUUCAGUAAUAAAAAUAGAGAUUCCAAGUUCCGUGGAAGAAUACACGAUAUCUUCCAUUGAUUCUGCGAGUAUCCUGCUUGUAAUCAGUGGAGAAGCCUUGGCCACCGCCGACCCGUCUGAGAUCAACGUCUGCCGAGGGUCCGUGCUCUUCAUUGCCGCCAACGAGACCGUGGACUUGUGCAUCAACUCGGACGGGAUGCUGCUCUUCAGAGCAUGCUGCAUGCAGUGACCUCUGAACUCUCACUCGGUAGCCUCAGGAUUAUGAGGACAUUAUGCAUGGUGGUUCUGUAGGCUGAUGGAUAGAUUGCAAUGGCACAUGUGAAUUUUGCAAGAUUCAAAACUUUACCCUCUCUUAAUGGGUGGUUGGCUAUUUUUCUCUGGGAAUAUCAGUUUAUUUCCUUUAGCUGUUAAUUUUGUUUGCUUCAUUCCGUUUUUAUGUGCAUUCGUUUUGUAUUGCAGUAGUAACAAAUUUGCUUAAGU